CUCUUAUUCUUGUUGAAAAUUGCUAAAAGUUAAGAAGUUUUCAUCAUACAUUAUCAUACACUGUAAUUUGUAUCUCUUCAAUUGUUUUUUUCUUCGAAAUAAAUUGUUGACAUACCAAGUGUGUACGUAUCACUGACGAAAACAAGGUGAUGAUGCCAUGUGGAGCAAUGAUCUGGUGGAUUGGGUUCAUGACUUUGGUUGGAUGGCACGCGACAGCCAUUGAUUCCGCAUCGACGCUUGAAUGCCAUCGACGUCUUUACACGUAUCGUGCAAUGCAAACAGAUUCACGAGGUCUAUCAUGUUGGGAUUCAUUAUCUGUUAUGUCGUGUUGGGGACGAUGUGAUUCGAAUGAGAUAUCUGAUUGGCGAUUUCCAUAUAAACGUAGCUAUCAUCCUGUUUGUAUGCAUGCCAGUCGAACACCUAAAACGGUUAUAUUACGACAUUGUGAUUAUGGCGUGGAAUCUGGUACAAAUCGUUAUGAAUAUUUAGAAGCGACUUCGUGUAAAUGUCAAGCGUGCAGUUCGAGCGACACUUCAUGCGAGGGAUUGCGUUAUCGUGGUGAACGUUCACAAUCUCCAUUGAAUACGAACACUAUAUUAGAAAUUGAUCAAAAUCAAUCGAAUGAUGAGAAUGAAGAUCAUCAUUUUGAAGAUACCUAUGCAAAUAACAAUGUAUACUAA